CACAGACUCCAGACGUGCGCUGCUGAUCGGCUGUACGACUACUGUACGUACCGACAACAACAACUGGGACACAGGCACGCACACACACUCCCACCCUCACCCUCAUCAUCAUCGCAAUCACCAUCUCCGUCCUGAUUGGAGAGCAGGGCGUCGCUCGGAGCCUCGCUCGCAUUGCGCAACGCUGAUUCCAUUUCAUUUCCGGAAAAAUCUCACUCUUAUAAAAGGAGCCAAGGGUGUUCCCCGUCCUCCCCGUCCUUCCUGUUGUUCGAUACCCUCCUGCGUUUGACUCGGCGUUGGAAAGUCAUUGAAUACCCUUCAACCUUCCAAUACGCUCCCAAAAUGCACCUCGCCUCGACCACCCUCACGGCGUUCCUUGCCCUCGCGGCGAGCGCCACCGCCGCCCCUUCCAAGCCCCAAGACGCAUGCGCUGUCAACGCUGCCGUCGGAUUCAACGGCACCACCGGAGGAUGGUUCCCGUACAAGAGCGCCGUGGGCUGCCUGAACACGUUCCCCAUCAACAAGGACAUCCAAAAGAGCACCACGGAGACUGUGAGGCGGGCUAUUGAUGGGUGGUAUGCCUUUACCGACAUGGCUUCCGUCGCCUCCAAGAUCGACGGCGGCGUCUGGGAUCUGAAGGACGUCGACCUCCGCAAAUCUCUCAAAGCCAUCAGCACCAAAAACUACAAGCACGAGAAGGACUUCCACGACGACCUUACCUUCCUGCUCCGCCAGCUCGGCGACGCCCACACCGGUUAUCGCAGUCUGUGCUUCCACUCUGCCUACUCUUACUACCAGCCUUGGGGUUUCGAUGUCAUUGUUGACAGCAAGUCUGGGAAGCAGUACGUGAGGUUGGCCGAGAACCCCGCCCCCGCGGCUGCCGCUGGUGCCCUCUGGGAGAAUGUCAAGAAGGCUGCUGGGUAUGACCCUGCGAAGUACUCCGGCUGGACCGUGAAGAAGAUUGAUGGUGACGAUGCCAUUUCUUACAUCAAGAAGUUCUCCGACACUCAAGUCGGCACCGUCAAGGACCGAGGCACUCGCUUCAACGUCGCCGUCCAGCGUGUCACCGUCCUCCAAACCGGUGCCAUCCGCAAGACUUUCGGCGCCGUUACCGUCUCGUCCUCCAUGGAAGCCCCCGCCAAGGGCUCGCGGAAGUACACGCUCGUCUCCCCUGAGGGUAAGACGGUCACCAUCGACGCACCGUGGUUCGCCCGCCACGGCGCCCUCGCCAAGCCCUACACCGACGCAAAGUCCUUCUACACGAACAACUGUCUCGUCGCCCCGGAGACCAGCCUCACCCGUCGCGACACCGAUUCCGACACUGGUGUGAUCCUCAACGACUUGGACUUCAGGUCCGGUGACAACGUUCUCGAGAACGCUGCCCCCAUCAACUCCGCGUUGAAGCCUUUCCCCAACACCACCGAGAACGCCUUCGGCAAUGGGUACCCCAAGCUCCUGAAGGCUGGCGAGUUCGGCUCUUACCACCUGUUGGAUGCCGAGACCGGUGUGCAGACCCUGCCCACGUUCUCGUCUGACCCUGCCGAUGGGCCCUUUGGACCUACUGCGCAGAAGUGUCUUGCUUCGUUGAACGACCCCGAGGCUACGGCCAACAUCGGUACAGGAGGUCCUGCCGGCCCCAACUUCUACUGCUUCAUCAAGGAAAUCCACGCCGGUCUCACCCUCCUCAAGAAAGCCGGCGCCAAGAAGGUGAUCCUCGACUGGACCAACAACGGCGGCGGCUGGGGUGAUCUCGGCACCGCCCACGUCGUCGUCAUGUUCCCCAACGUACCCCGCGACACGGCCCGUUUCCGCUCCACCCCCUUCUUCAACACCGUCAUCAAGGCCGCCUUCAAGCUCGACCUCAACCUCACCACCCCACUCACCAUGUUCGGCCCCGGAAACUUCAUCGACCCCAAGACCCACUACCCGCCUAAGCCCUCCGACGUUGACCGCAUCUUCUUGAACCCCAAGAACGGCCGCACCGAGACUUACGGCAAGUACACCUCCAAAUACUCCGACCUGAUCAGCAUCGUCGACGGCGGCGCCAUCUUUGACGAAACCCAACGCCACAACGUCUUCAACGUCACCGGCAUCCCCAAACCCACCAAACCCCUCUGGGACCCCAAGAACGUGAUACUCCUCACGAACGGUUUCUGCGGCUCCACCUGCGCCCACGGCGCCCGUCUCGCCGUCGACCACGUCGGCAUCCGCUCCGUCGUCAAGGGCGGCGUCGCCGGCUCCAAACCCUUCUCCUUCUCCUCCUUCCCCGGCGGCAACGUCGUCGACAUUGACCAGAUCUUCCACGACCCCGCGGUCCUCGGCCUGGCCGCCAACCCCCUCACACCGCAACCCUUCAAGAACGCGGUGUCCCUCAUGCGUGUGAAUGCCGGCGUGGGAUACUCUGACCGCAAGGAUCUGCCCGCCGAGUAUGCGCGCAAGACGGCCGACUGCAGGAUCGAGAUCACCGAGAAGACCAUCAACCCCGCGUUUGCGUGGAAGGAGGCCGCCAAGAAGUUCCAGGGGUGCAAGAAGCACUAAAAGGCCUCGCUCGGCUUAGAGUAGAGAUGUUGUGUAGAUGAUUCCUCUUUGUUCUUACUUUGUUGUUUCUUUCUCUCGUCCGUUGAUCGGAAUCUUCUGUACCCACCACCACCACAUGCAAUUCUCGCACACCCCCACUGUUUCUGCAGCAUCAUCAUACCCCUCACCUAUACAUCUCGGAAUACCAAUUUGUUUCUGCUGCUGCACUACUUAACCAUUCGUGUGUAUUGACUUCUUCCACCCUUUGAAAUGCCAUAUCGUACCUUGCACCCUAUCGGCACGUGCUCCAGCAAUGAUUGGCAAUCCGGACGGAAA